CAGAGUAUGAGUAAGCUGUUUUCCAUAUUGAUUAUCAUUUGUGCGAUUUUUAUAUAUAACAUUAUACGUAUGCGGAACAAGGACCUUUCAGAAAAUGGAGUACCACUUAAUAAGACUUAUGACUAUAUUAUAGUGGGAGCAGGCUCAGCGGGCUGUGUUCUCGCUAACAGACUAUCGGCGGAUCCAAGAUUCUCAGUACUUCUGAUAGAAGCUGGUGGAUCUGAGGAGAAUAAUGCAGUCAUUCGAGUACCCUUUGCGGCCAUGGACCUUCAAAACACCGAGGUAGACUGGGCUUUCAGAACCAUCCCACAAACGAAAGCAUGCCUAGGGAUGAAAGACAAGAGGUGUGCUUGGCCAAGAGGUCGUGUGCUUGGCGGAUCAAGUUCCAUAAAUAACAUGAAUAAUGUUCGCGGAAGUCGCCAUGACUACGAUGGCUGGGCUAAAGAAGGCUGCUCUGGAUGGAGUUAUAAGGACGUUCUUCCAUAUUUUAUCAAAUCUGAGGAUAUUCAAAUAGAACAUUUACGAAACUCAGUUUACCAUGGAAAUGGGGGUCCCCUUCCUGUGAGUGAUGGUACGGCCACACCGCUAAGUAACGUGUAUAGACAAGCAAUGGAGGAGUUAGGAUAUUCUGUGACUGACUGCAAUGGAAAAACGCAGACAGGAUUUUGCCCGACACAAGAAAAUGUUAAGGAUGGCGAAAGAUGGAGUUCUGCCAAAGCAUUUCUUCGACCAGUCAUGAAUCGUUCAAACCUUCAAAUUGUAACAAAGGCUUUUGUAACCAAGAUCCUCAUAGAAGAUAAAUUGGCCACAGGUGUUUCCUUUGUAAAAGACAAUUUAAUUCACUCGGUACUGGCUGGGAGGGAAGUGAUUAUAUCAGCAGGCAGUAUUAAUAGUCCCAAGCUUCUAAUGUUGUCUGGUGUUGGACCAAAACGUCAUUUGGCAAAGUCAGGGAUUCCACUAGUAGUUGAUUUGCCUGUUGGAGAAAACUUACAAGAUCAUAUCAUGACAGCCAUGUUUUAUAAUGAUAACACAACCAGUGGAGGCAGCACGUCACCAUCACUAGCUUCUAUAUUGAAAUAUCUUACAUUUAGAUCAGGUCAAUUGAGCAAGCCACACGGAGAAGCGAGUGUUUUCCUGGCAGAUAAUAAAAACGGGCCUCCCUCCACACAAUUUUCAUUUUACAGUGUCAGUGUUCACCCAUCGUUCGCAGACCAGUACGUGCAGUUUCUCAACAUUGACCCGAAGAACAAGGGAGGCAUUCGAAAGAAAUUUGAAAAUAACCUCAACAAAGGUAUUGGGACAUUUUUCGCAGAAAAUAUACUUCUCCACCCCAAGAGUAGAGGAACUAUUAGACUUCAGAGUAGAGAUCCCUUUGAUCCGCCACUCAUAGACCCCAAUUACUUGGAUCAUCCAGACGAUAUAAGGACCUUAUUAAAAGGAAUAAAGAUAUAUAUGAAAGUAGCAAAUACUACAGCUUUUAAAUCUAUUGGAGCAUCACCUACGGAUCCUUAUGAGGAGUAUCUACCUCCCUGCAAUACACUUCCUUUUCCGUCAGAAGAAUACUGGGUCUGUAGAAUCAAGUAUUAUACCUACACUGUAUACCACCCAACGUCUACAUGUAGAAUGGGGGCACCAGAUGACCCUACUGCCGUUGUUGAUCCAUAUUUAAGGGUUAAAAGAAUAAAGAAUCUUCGAGUAGUGGACGCUUCCGUCAUGCGUAACGUGCCAUCAGGAAAUACGAAUGCUCCAACUAUAAUGAUUGCAGAAAAAGCUGCCGACAUGAUACUUGGAAUUGACAGUGUGACUCAUAUAAGAAAAAUCACAGAUUCCUUAUAGCAAACUAAUAUUUUGAUCAAAUCAUUCAGAAUUAGAGAGGAAAAGGAUAUACAUGUGUUCAAUGCUGAACUAGGAUCAUAUCAUUUCCAAGUAUACGGAUGAUGGUUGUAGUAUUUUCUAUAUUAGAAUGAAUCAGGGCAGAUGAUGUUACACGCCCACUACAAUGCUUAUAAUUUUUCUUAAAAAUUCUGUAGAACAUGUAGAGCAUUUAUUUCAGAAAGGUUAAUAUUUACUGCUUUGUAUUAUUGAGGUUUUAAAGAU